ACCCGCUAGGCGUCCCGCUACCCUCUACCCUCCCAGCAAACCGCGUGCAGUGUGGGGAGAUUCGAGGUCACAAGCAGAGAGAGAGAGAGAGAGAGAGAGAGUUGUUCUUAUUCUUCCAAACUAAACAACAUCUUUUCCUCUCGUUGUUAAGAGUGUUUGCUGUUCCUGACGCCCAGCAGCGAUCAGCAGCAGAAAUGUUGGUGGAGGCCCUGCUGUUCGGGGCGCUGAUCUUCCUGCUGUGGCAGAGCUUCAGGAAGCCGCCCGGCCUGCCUCCAGGGAGGUGGGGCCUUCCCCUCGUGGGUUACAUUCCUCUCACGAGGAAGUCCCUCGAGGAUCAAAUACAAGACCUCCAGAAACAGCACGGAGACAUCUUCCUGUGGAGGAUGGGGACGCAGGUGAUGGUGUUCCUAAAUGACUACAAGCUCGUCAAGGAAGCCUUCAGCCGGCCAGAGUUCACGGACAGGCCAGAUUGGGAGACGUUCAAGAUUUUCGAGGAUCCCGCCGUGGGGAUCGGCUCGAGCAAUGGCCUUCUUUGGCACAACAACCGCCGCUUCACCUUACGGCAGCUUCGCGACCUUGGCAUGGGCAAGUCCAAGCUGGUGGAGACGAUUCAACACCAGGCGCUGGAGUUCAGGAAGAGCAUCGCGAAACAGGCGGGGAAGGCGGCGCCGAUCCCCCACGACCUACACGUGGCCGUGGUCAACGUGAUCUGGCAGAUGGUGGCAAGCAAGCAGUUUGACGCAGAAGAUCCCAGAUUGAAGAAGUUUGUAAAGCUCAUGAGAGACUUUUUAGUCGCCUCUAACCGUUUCGCCUUCAAGGACUUCCUGCCGUGGCUCGAGUACCUCAUGCCAGCUUUCCUCUUUAAGAUCCUGAUAAAGCAUGCUGAGAUUGUGGCCAUCAAAGAGUCCUUCUUCACCUAUUUCUUUGAGGAGAUCGAGCACCACCGAGCCACGCUGGAUCCUGACAACCCACGGGACCUGAUGGACGGCUACCUGCUGGAGAUGGAGGAGCGGAAGGACGACCCGGAGACGACCUGCAGCGAUCAAGACUUGGCUUUCCUUGUGUUUGACCUGUUUUUCGCCGGGAGUGAGACCACUACCAACACCUUCAACUGGGUCUCUGGCUACUUGGCAGGUUAUCCCAACGUUCAACAGAAACUUCACGCUGAAAUUGACGCCGUGUUGCCCAAGGGUGUUCUGGCCACCCUGGCAGAUAAACCCAAAAUGCCUUACCUGGAGGCAAUAGUUAACGAGGUGAUGAGGCUGUCUUCGCUGGUGAACUUUGGGGUGCAGCACGCUGCCAGCACAAACACUGAACUUGGAGGCUACACCAUUCCCAAGGGAACGAUCCUGAGCAGCUCAGUGUUUGCCAUCCAGUCGGACAGCCGCUAUUGGGACCAGCCUGAGAAGUUCAUGCCCGAGCGAUGGCUGGACGAGGCGGGGAAGUUUGUGUCCAAGAAGGAAGGUUUCUUGCCAUUCGGCGUGGGGAAACGCUCAUGUCCCGGGGAGAGUCUGGCCCGCAUGGAACUGUUCAUCUUCCUCACCAUCAUCUACCAGAGCUUCUCCGUCGCCCCGCCGCCCGGCAAGACCAUUGACCUGACGCCUGAUGCCAGUGGUUUCUUCUUCCACUUGCCAAAGUUUCAUGACCUCGUCUUCACCGCCAGGCAAUAAUCAGCAUCCACUGUCUUUCCGAGUUUGUGUCAAUCACACACUAAGAGUAUGCACACUUUAAUUCGUUGUGCAAACUAGUAUAUAAAAGUCAAGGUGUUAUCUCUAUAAACAAAUUAAUGAUUGAAUAACACCAAACACAAGGUACACCAACGUUCAUGUAAGUGGAUGUCCAUGUAACUGAUUGAACAUAAAAUAUUUAGUGCGUACAAAGUCCUUCUGUAUACUUGGAUACCAGCUUUUUUUUACUUGAUGUGACUGAUGCAGCAACAAUAAAACUGCACCUAGGUAGGUUUCAUAAAACUAUCACAUAGCUUUCUGCAGUAUUAGGAAUAGUUCAACAAUUUUAUUUGUUUAUUGUAACAUUUAAGUUUCAAUUCUGUUUCCUUGUAAAUCAGAUGAUGAGAUGAAUUUAAAAGCCUGUCUCAUGAAAAUUCUCAUCUAUUAGCAAGAUCUAUGGAAGAGCAAUGUACAAUAGAUUAGCAAACUUCCUUCAGGAAUACGACAUCUUAACAGACUCACAGUUUGGCUUCCGGAAAGGUCUGUCCCCAAAAUCAGCCAUCAUGAAAUUAAUUGAUCACAUAUUAACAGCACAGGGAAGAAGGGAUUUCACUAUCAGCGUCUUUUUAGAUUUAAGAAAAGCUUUUGACACCUUAGGGCUUAGAUCAUAACAUUAUGUUGGAAAAAAUAAAUAGGCAUGGAAUUAAAAAUGUAUCUAACAACUGUUUUAGAAGCUAUAUAACAGGUAGGGAACAAUAUACAUGUGUAAAUAAUGUGUCGUCUAAUACAGUCAAAGUCACAACAGGGGUACUCCAAGGCUCUACCUUGGGUCCACUUUUGUUUCUGUUAUAUAUCAAUGAUAUAGCUACAUCCUCACGUCAAUUAAAAUUCCUUUUGUUUGCUGACCAAUAUAACUUACUCUGGAUCAGACAUACCUAUAAUAGCCAACAUUUUAAAUCAGCAGUUUAAACAUGUCACUACCUGGAUACCGGCAAAUAAACUAUCUUUAAAUGCAGAAAA